GUGACCGGAAGUGUUUGUGUUUGUUGUCGUAAAGGUGUAUAAGAGUGCUUCAAAAUGAGUCAAUAUGUUGUUUCUAGAGCUGCAAGUGGCAAAAAACAGAAUGUUUCAAAACCUCAUUUCCAACAAAAAUACAAAAUGAGUGAGAAAAUGCCUCCUGAUAGAGAGAGAGAUAUCUAUCAGAAUGUUUCAAAACCUCAAUUCCAUCAAAAAUACAAAAUGAGUGAGAAAAUGCCUCCUGAUAGAGAGGGAGAUAUCUCCCAGAAUACCAGAAAAUCUAAGAGGCAAGGUCGAUCUGAAUACACCAAACACACAAUCGAUAUGCUGUUUUUGAAAGAUUACAUGAAAAAACGAGACAGAGAACCACUCAUUGGAUUGGAGUAUGUGUUGGAACACAGAGUUCGAAAUCGUGAAUCAAAAUUUUUGAUAAAAUAUAUAUGUCACCUUUGUAAUGUGGACAGUGAUUUACAAUCGACUCUGCAACAUCUUACUGGCUAUAAACAUAGAUGUGCCUACAUUGCAAAAAAGUUCCCAUAUGUGCUGAAAGCCCCACACAGUGGUUUAGAAGACAGGACUGAAUUCUUUAGAAGAAUGGCCCAAGAAAUAGAAGAGGAAGAGGGAAUAAAAAUGUAUAAGGGAGAUUUGGAUCAGCAUGUGGUAGCAGAGCCUUCUUACCCGUUUCCAUGUGGCAAUGGCGUUCCGGAUCGUCGAGCGGUUGAUCCUGCAACCAAGAUUCAAUCGUUGUUGACACUGAAGAUACCAUUGGGAAAACCUACAAAGAAAAAAACUAGAUGGAAUAAGGAAGAGAAUAGUGACGAAAAAAAGAAAAACGCCUUAGAAUUUUUGGAGAGAUUAGAGAUUGAUUCAGAGUCUGAGUCAAUUACUGUAAUAAAACUAACACAGAAACUGACAGCACUUUUGAAGGAAUCUGAAAUGAAGGCUAAACAGGAGACACUUUUUGCUAAUCGAGUAGCUAAGGCUAAAGAUGUGGCUAAAUCAUUCAUGAAAGCUGCUUUAAAGAAAACUGCAGCUUCCAAGAAACCGGUUCCUUCAGCAAAUGCCCUGUUGAAUGAGAGUCCAGUCUUGCAAAGGCCAUUUAAUCCAAAGCCACCUUUACAAGACCCUUCAUUUAAGGAGAAUCCACUCUUACAGGCUUCAACAUUUAAUCAGAAUCCAUCCAUACAAGGCCCUUUACUUGACCAGUUUCCUCUUUUACAAGGCUCUCUAUUAAAUCAGAAUCUUCUCUUGCAAGGUCCUCAGGAGAACCUGAAUCCUUUCUUACAAAGCACACUCUCCCCAAGUAUGGAAAGUGCUCACAGAACAGGUUUACAGCCAAACAUAUCAGAAAUAAGAUCUGAAGCACAAAGUGGUGUAACUGGAUAUGAUCAGUUUUGUAAUAAAUUAAUGGAGUUAUUGGUAGCUUUACCCCAAAACCUAUUUAAUUCUGAAAGUGCUUACUCUGACCCAAGAAUGAUACUGUUACAAGCUUUGCUAAAAGAUAUUAACCCACUGACUGAGGAUACUUCAAACCAGCAAAAUCUACCUUUGAACCAGAAAAUGCUAAUGGAAAUGGCUUCUCAACUCAAAAGUGGCUCGAAUUCAGAUGCUUCUUUGAUUCAGCAACAAUUGAUGCUAAUGACAUCAGAAAACUCACCAAAUAUAUUGAACCAGAUGAUAGCUUCUACAGACAGAACUUCUGAGGUUUUGGAAAGUACCCAACUAGACCAAAAUUUAAUGACGCAAUCUGAUCAAAGCUUGGAUGAGAACCUUUACGCAUUUGUUAACAAAAACAGGGAUCAUUUUUAUCCUCGAGUGUGUGAGUCAAAUAAUAAAGUUCUAGUUUUUGAAUAUGGAAAUGUAAUAGAUUCUGAACCACAAAUAGACACUUUAAGCUCUGAGAGAUAUGUUCCUUUAGAGCCAGCUUUUGAAAUACCAAAAAAUUACUAUGAGGAUAUUACAUCUUCAGGGAAUUCUGGAUUGGAAAAUCCUCAUGACUUUGCUUUCUCUGAGUCUUCAGCAAUCCCAUUUAAUGAAGAUUACUCUUUGUAUAAAGAUGGUCAUUUAGAACAACAGUCUAUUCCACUUUAUUCAAGAAUGACAGUCCCUCAAGAAAUGUCUGAAAUAGACAAUGAAGCAGAUGAUAGAGUGACAGAGGGGAAUUAUAGUAUGAGUGUUAUUGCCACGCUUCUUAAACUUAAGAAACAAGCAGAAGAAGAAAUAAGAAUAAGAGAGGCAGGAGAACGUGAAUUGAUUAUGAGAGAUGAUGUAGAGCUGGACUUUUUCAGGCGAGAUAUUUCAGAACCUGAAAUUUUGCAUCAGCUUAACAGGCGACACUCAAGACCUCCAUAUAUGGAAUUUGAAGACGAGGCCUUUAGAACACGAUCACCUGGUAGAUAUUCUGAUGACUCUGUUUGGGUUGAAUCCAGACCUUUUGAAAGUGGACAUUAUAACAAGCGCACUCGUCUAGACACAGAUCAUUUUCCUUCUCAUUGUUCCGGGUCAGAUAGUGGCUUAUAUUACAGAUCUGAAGAGCAAAGUAACUUUUUAGGUAUAAAUACAGAAGGCCUGCCUGCAGAUGUUCUGAAUAGGAUUCGAGGAAAGGAUUUAUUUACAGUGUCAGCAAUUCUUAGAGAGUAUGAAGAAACUCGUGCUUCCCUGUAAAGAACUGAACUGAAGAUAAAGAAUACUAUGGUGUUCUUUUAUAGAUAUUAUGGGCUAUGUUAUCUAAGCAGCUACUGUUUUAGUUUACGGUUUAUUGUAUUUUUAAAAAUGUUUUCUGUUAAAAGAAAUGUAAAUAUUUUUUGUAUCAUCCCAAUAAGAAACUGAGAGUUAUCUUCAUUUCACAUAACGUCCAAUUAUCUCUACUCUUGUGCUAAAAGAUAAAAUGGCAAGGAAAACUAGCGAACAUUAUUUUUAUGUAUAUUUGUGCCAGGAUGACAUAAUCAAGUAGUCUUUUGAUCUGAUCAAGAAGAAACAAGCAACGUAAUCACAGUGCCCAGUCUACAGUAGAACCUGUCUCCAAAUUAUUUUAUGUAUUUAUCAUUAAGUUGAUUACUAUUACAGUAUACAAACUGUGAACUAAAAUAAAACAUGCACUGCUUUUUUUAA